AUGGGCUCACCUCAAUUGAAUAUUUCCGGUCCUUCUCCAGUUUUAAAUGGGCCUCAUAUCGAUCAAUGGGGAAGCCUGAGAUCUGAACCAUCAUCAGGUAUGAACGGUAUCAAAAGGGACCUGGUGAACAAAAUUCGGAUAAAUAAAGGACUGUUCGUCGGAGAAGUUCAAUGGUGUAGCAACCUUUCGCUAGAUGACUGGAAAGCUCAUCGCUUGGAGAUUAACGGUAGUGGCGGUCUUUGCCAUGCGGUCAGUGAAGAGAACAUGGCGGACUUAUCUGUUUCAGGAACAGGUCUGGAGUAUUCAAACAAGCCUAUUAUAAGACAUUUACAAGCUUGUAAGAUACGGCUUUUAGAUAAUGAUCAAGGUAUUCACCCAAUUUUGAGAGUUGAGACUUACUAUGCUACAACGUACAUGAAAGUAGCGGACCGUGACACAUUUUUUGACUUAUUCGCAGCUCUUGUUUUCUGGGCUAGCCUGAAGGACAAGGGAAUUUUCAACAAAUAUGUUGUCAUCCAACCAAUCGUUGCAAAGCAGCAUAAUCCUACCCCGCUACUAGUAUGUCAGUUUAAUGUCUACACCCGGAUUCCCAGGAACAAGAACGUAUCACUCAAAACCAAUAUACCCGUACCGCCUUUUCCAAAUAGGGUUUCAGCAUCUGAAGAAUUUGGGUGGUUUUCAGCUAUGGGCAAGUUGAGUUCUGAUGGUAGAUUAGAUCUUCUUCUGCAAAGCGAUGGGUCGUUACUUUGGUCCUUCGACAUCACAGAACUUUUGAGAUCGGAAAUUCAAAUCCUCGAUCCCUGUCUUCUUCAAAACGAUACGUUCUUGUUUUUGGGAGUAAUCCCAAAGCUCAGGGAUCAACUGAAAAUGUCUCCAGGAGGCUCAUUCUCUGUUAAUUCUCAAAGAGAUAAAUUCAAUUCUUUCGGCAUAGUGUUACAAUUUCCCCUCAGAAUCGAUCUGGAAGAUUGGCUUGUGGCCCUAAGCACUUUCGCUCAAAUCGAAACUGUGUCACUAAUAGGCACGGACAAGUCUAACGAGUUAAGAAUUUCGAACCGUUUCAAGAUAUCCAUUCUGGAGGCAGAUUUCAGUGCCAUAAAUCUAACAAACUUCGAUAACGAAACCAAACGCGAAAACCCUCCAGAACUAUACGUGGAGAUAUCUGUAUGGGAUCAUUGUUGGGCAAGGACAUCAAUUGUUUCAGAUGCAGGUUCCCCUUUUUGGCGGGAGGAGUUCGAUUUUAAUUUCUCUGUCAAAACCUCGCCAGUGUGCAUAAAAGUAAUGCUUGCCGUUGAGGGAAACAGGUCGUACUCAGCACAAGACAAAGUGUUGGGUGAAAUAGAAAUAACUCAAGAAAUGAUAAAUGAUGGAAGUCUUAGUGCUGAAACAAGAAUUCCAAUCUUUGACGUUGAGAAUAAACAUUUCCAAUUAGGCACUUUGUGCAUCAAGGUGGCCUCCAGUCUCAAUGCAAUUCUCCCCUCAGUGAAUUUCAGCAGAUUAGAAUCCAUGCUCUCACGCAUGAGUCUAACGAAAAUGACGGACUACUUAUAUGAUAUUUCGAUAGCGGACUAUCUCAAGUUAGAGGACUUGUCGAUGGUUUUGCUGGACAUUUUUCAAACGGUUGACAGGACCAACGAUUGGUUCCAAGCAUUAGUUGAUAAAGAGUUCAACGAGAUAGACACAAGCAUAUUGAAAAACACAACAAAGAACCUCUCUUCCUCGAAUAUCUACAGUUCGCUGUUCAGAGGAAACUCGAUUCUCACAAAGUCAAUGGAGAAGUAUUUCACUCGUAUUGGUAAGGAAUACUUGGAAAAGGCCAUAGGAGGCACUAUACGAAAGAUUGUAUUCUCGGACAUGUGCUUAGAGCUCGAUCCCAAUCGAAUAAGAGCCGAUGACUCCAGGAAGGGAAACAUCAUAAGGGGAAAUUACACGCGUCUUUUAAAGCUUGCUGAGGAAUUAUGGGCGCGUAUCUACAAAACUAGUAAUGACCUACCAUAUGGAAUCAAGGAACAACUCAAGGCUGUCAGGAAAAACAUUGAAAUUAUCUACAAAGAUCACGAAUACAAAUUAAUCAUGAAUUGUGUCUCGGGGUUUCUGUUCCUGCGCUUCUUCUGUCCUGUAAUACUGAAUCCCAAACUUUUUCAUAUAGUGGAGAACCAUCCUGAAGAAGGUCCCAAAAGAACAUUGACACUAUUGGCGAAGAUAUUGCUGAAUUUGUCAAAUCUUACAUUAUUCGGUAAGAAGGAACCAUGGAUGACAGAAAUGAAUUCAUUUAUAGCCAAAAAUGAAGCUGAGCUUAUUGACUAUAUUGAUAAAGUAACAGACAAGAAGCUCGAUUUCACCACUAAGACUCUCAAAUUGAGUAGCAGUGUUGUGCGACCAAAGAUACCACUUAAUGGAACAAUCAGAAACGAACUACCAACCAAUCCCUACCUUAUUGACAGGUACUUGAGAGAAACAGAGCUGAUAAGUGUCCUCUCGAUUUCGCGGCGGCACGAAGAGAAACAACUCGAAGCACCUAGCACCAUCAGCAUGAACCGCUUAUCCAAGGAUAAUCCAUCCUCCGCGCCAAGUCCAACCAUCGGUCCGCCAAAUACAAAAAUAGGCGAAUUGGAAUUUGAAAAACUGAGUCACAACAAUGCUGAAAUAUUUGGUGAUGAUCUACUUAAAUAUUUAGCGAUUGAUUCGCAAGGUUCCCCAGUAGAAAAAAAGCCAACACGAUUAGGUGCCGUCAUAGAUCUGACAAAAAAUUUGGAGCAGGAGUCUUUACUAUUGUAUCACCGACUCGAGCACCUUACUCAGGUGUUGUCAGGUUACGAGCAUCCUAACGAAUUAAUUCUGGGGAAAGCUGAGUUUGCUCUGUACCUCGUGGACCACUUGUGUUUGGAUGGAAGUCUCAACGUUAAGCUCGACCUUACGGGUAGUUACGCAAGAUACGACAAGGUAGAUAAGCUUUGCUCUGAUUCGUCAGCGUUUACAAAAAUGCUAAGCAAACCGCGAAGCCCGCCGGUCAGCAAAAAUCCUUCAAGAAGCCACACAAUUAGGUCCAGCACGAAAUCUGGCUCUUUGAAGUCCCUAUCGUCCUUCAAAAAAAACACUGUGGACUUCGAUUCGAAAACAGAUGAAAAAUCAGGAUUCAAGUUUCUUCGACUGUUCAGAAAAUGA